CCAGUUGAAGACCUCAUGUACUCCUCCAGGGUAAUAGAAUCGGCGUCAGGCUCGCAGAAAUUUCAGCUCCAGUGCAAAGGACUCAAUGGAUUGGGUCCUGAGUGGGUACCCUUACAACAGGAUUGGAGUAACCGCUGGUGUACACUCACCGAAAGAUUUACGGAUGAGUUUGUGAAGCGAAUCCAGGACUUUAAAACGCGAAGCAGCGAUGUGUUUGUGGUGACAUUUAUAAAGUCCGGUACGACAUGGAUGCAGGAAUUGGCUUGGCUUUUGCUUAAUCAAAUAGAUUUAAAUGGAGCUCGAAACAGUGAUUUAUUGCAGCGGAGUCCUUUUCUAGAAGAGUCUGGACUUCAUCCUGUGGCUUUGGAUUCUAUAGCAACUUGCGAUAAAAUUCAAUCCAAUCCUCGAUUGAUAAAAUCCCAUUUGCCAGCGCAACUGUUGCCCCAAGAGAUCUGGACCCAAGAUCGUAAAGUUAUAUACGUUGCUCGGAAUCCGAGGGAUGUUGUGGUUUCCACGUUUCACUAUUACACUGGCCUAAAGAUCUCGAAUUGCAGUUUGGACGACUUUGUGGAUUUCUUCAUUGCGGAUAAGGUGGUAUUUUCCACAUACUGGACCCAUGUUAUCGAUUUUUAUAGAAUGCGCAAUGAGGAGAAUGUUUUCUUUGUUACCUAUGAGGAAAUGAAACGAGAUCUAGAAAAUGUGGUCAGGAGACUAUCUCGAUUCUUGGGUUGCCAACAGCUAAGCGAUAGUGAAGUGGAAAAGCUGGUAAACCACUUAAGCUUCAAGAACAUGAAAGGAAGCAAUUUUGUCAACUAUACUGCCUUGCAAGGAUAUAAUAAUUUGAACGAUAACUUUCAAUUUAUGCGCCGUGGCAUCGUUGGCUCUUACAAGGAUGAGUUAAGUUCUGAUUCUCAGAACAAAAUCAAUAAAUGGACAGAAAGCUUUUUGCAGGAAUACGGAAUUGCAGAAUCUGAUAUUUUUGGCCACCUAUAAGUUAUUUGUGCUUAAAAAUUUCUUUUAUCACCGUGGACGGCCGCCCACGUGGUGACGAUGAGCAAUAAAAAGUGUGAGUUUUUUUUAAUUGUCUGCUUGAUGUGUGACGAUCCUGGAACCGAUUUAACUAUAUUAAGCAGAUGGAGCUGAAAAACUUAAGAACGAGAUACUAGAUUGCCCACGCCUUCAAUUUCAAAACGAAAGCUGCCUUGUUACAAAAUAAUUCAAAAGUAGCGUGCCGAAUAAGAAAUUUGGAAAAUAAAAAUAAAUUAAGUUUUUCGGAUGGAAUAAAUAACAGUUUCAACCGUCACCAAAUUUUAGAACAACAAAAGUAUAUUCUUAAUCAGAGUGGUCAGCGGAGUGUUACAAUUUUUGGAAAUGCAAUGCCCAGCAACUCAAGUUUCUAUUAAAAUUUCAAUUGAAUACAAUAAAAACUACCAGAUGUAAUGUAGAUUGUAUAUUAUUUCAACAUAUUUAUUAAUAAAGUUCCAGGAAAAUA